CGCCACGGGAGGGGGGUGUGGUCACGAAAAGUGAAAAACUGAAAAGCUUUUGAGACUUCUUGCUUUUGAGGCAAUGCUUUUGAGGUUUUGAGAAUCUGCAUUUUUCUCUUGAUUGUCGACUGUCGUCUUUUCUCUAUCGAAUUAACAUUAUUUUUACGAAUUCGACACUCGAAAAUUUUUGAAUCCUUGAAAUCAGGGUCCAUGUGAACGCAGGGUGCAGACGAAUCACACGACGAAAGGCGUCGAGCCAUUAAACAUGAUGUACCAUAGAGGAGAGGCCAACACGGCCACAUUUAUGUUUGGCCGAUCGCUGUCCGCCGAGCCCGAUUUGAUGGCCCGAAAGCUUCUGAGGAACAAAAUCGACGCGGCUAAGGUUUGGCACCGAAAGGACCUGUACUCGCACUAUGGUUGCGUCAACGCUAUCGAGUUUUCAACCGAUGGCAAAUUGCUCGUUUCAGGUGGAGACGACAGGAGAGUUUUGGCUUGGAAGGUUGAUGACAUAAUUGAUGACCGUCCAGUACCUGUAAAUCCAAUGGCCAUGCGAGCUGAGCACGGCAGCAACAUCUUCUGCCUCACCCUGAACAGUGACAACAGCAAAAUCUUCUCUGCUGGAAAUGACGAGACUGUCAUCAUCCACGACUUGAACACAGGAAGCCCCCUUCGCUACUACCUGCACGAUAAGCCUGUUUACUGCAUUUCUCUUGAGCCAGGCAACGACAAUGUUUUUUGCAGUGCCAGUGAUGAUGGUCGAGUACUUAUUUAUGACAUUAGGAGAGAGCCAAGUGAUAAUGAUCCCUUAGUGCUGGCAACAAGUACAGGGGCGUAUCACGGGGUGAUGUUCAACCCCAUGGAACCAAGACUGGUGGCCACAGCAAACGCCAAACAAGGACUCUGUCUCUACGAUGUCCGGAAACCCAAAGAGCACUUGAUCUGUUAUGGAGAAAGUCAAAACGAGAGCUACAUGAGCGUGCGCUUCAAUCAGAAGGGCUCAUACCUCCUCGGCCUGCGCAGACGCAGGGAGGCCCUCAUGUACCCGACCCACUCAUCAAAAGCGGUUGUCGAGUUUGACAAUCCGGGCUACUACAACUCUUGCACCAUGAAAAGCUGUUGCUUUGCAGGACCCAACGAUGAGUAUGUUCUCUCGGGGUCCGACGACUUCAACUUAUACAUGUGGAAAGUGCCCCAGUUAGAAAAUCAAGAAGGUAUAUCUGUGAAAAAAGCUCACUAUGUGUUGAGUGGUCACAGGUCCAUUGUGAACCAAGUCAGGUACAAUUCUGCCUACAACAUGGUUGCCUCUUCAGGUGUUGAGAAAAUUAUAAAGCUUUGGAGUCCAAUGAGAUUUCCUGGAAACUGUGAUGAUCCUUUGCUGCAAAUUAAAAAGAAACCAAGGAAGAUGUACACACAUGAAGAAUAUAUUACUUUGGUACUUCAAAGUGGACAGUUUAUGUCACAUGACUACAGUCAGCAAAACACAGAAGAAGAUCCCAGGAUGAUGGCUUUCUUUGAUUCACUAGUACAACGAGAGGUGGAAGGAUGGAGCACAGAUGAGGAUGGAGAGAAACUUUCCUCUGACAUCGAGUCCACAGCUUCAUCAUCUGAGGACUAUGAUGUCUAUCUUAUGGGAUAUCGAAGGAGAAUUAGAAGGAGGCAGAUGAGUGCCAUCCUAAGAGGCAAUGGAAAUGGCGAGUUUGAUGAAACUAACAACAGAAUUGCCCUAAUGAUCGCCCGAAAGCGCAAAAUGUUAAUGCGAAGCCGCAAUCAUCAGGCCAAGCGACAAACUACCUCAACACAAACUACUCCUGUCUCUCCGCCCCCAGUGCAGACUUCUUCAAACAGAACUGUUAACCCUGAUUCCGUGGCUGGUCCGUCCACUUCAUCCGGCAGUACUGUGAAUGGCAAGAGACGUUGCUUUUGUCAAAGCAAAAAGGCAAAGACCAAACGCAGAAAUAGAGUGGUUGAGAGUUCUGAUGAGGAGGAGCUGCCAAAGAGGGUGAAAAAAGUUUCCAAAGAAGGCUCGGACAGUGAAAGUGACUCAAGCUCAGAGAGUGACGAUGCUGUGUGCCCAAGCAGGGGAAAGUUGCAGCAGGACAGUGGGGUGGAACUGAACGGAAGCAGCAGCAGUUCCCACGCCAACUCAUCAGAUAUUAAGUUCAAGAAAAGUGAGAGGAAGCCAAACAAAAGGGAGUACCGGCGCAGAACGAACAGCAGCAGUGAAGACUCGAGUGACUCUGACUAGCGGUUUUGUCAAAACCUCUGAUCUAAAAUUGUGAUGUUAAUUGAUAUUGGUUAUUUGGUUAGUUUGUCCUGAAAUUAAGAAGUGAAGGACUCUGAAUUGCAAUGAUCUGUACUUCAAUUGGAAUUUAAUUAACCUUCAAGCAAACUAGCUGUGAAUGUCCUUAUUUGGCACAACAAAACUUUGUCUAUAUUCAGUUCAAUAAUUAAAUAUUUACGAUAUACAUUUUUUUCCGUUUUGGAAGGAGUAUAAAUUUAUAAAAAAGAAUUACACAUUAAAUUCUGUAAAAUUCUAAAUUCACAAUGUAUCACAAAUGCGUAGAAAAAGAAAUUUAGAUAGUUGCCAUGGGAAUGCAGACGUGGGUGCCGAAAAUUUUUCCCAAAAAAUUGCGUCUUUGGUGUGUUGCACCAACAAGGCAAGUACACACAAUGUCCUUUUUCACACCUUCGUGAUAUGCUGCAAAUUAGAAUAAUUGAAUUUAAUGUGUCAUUUUUUUCUUUUAUUUUUAUCAAUCAAUAACUAAAGAAUUAAAUAUUGUGUAAUUUGCAAAAAUAAUGCUUUUGAAAUGGAAGGUAAAUUCAAUAUUUGCAUUUUUAGAAAAUAUCAUUCUUUGUUUUUGUUUACAUUAUAUAUAUUUAGAUUUUGUUUUUACUGACUGACAAAAGAUAUUGUCUAUUAAGUUUUAUUUUGAUUGCAAUUUAUUCUUAUAAUUUUGGGCCACCAACGCCUCCACUAUGUAUAUCUGAAAGAAGUAUAUUGUAUACAAUUAUGUAAAAAAUAAAAAUUAU